AUGAGGAAGGCGACUUCUGCAUCGGCUCUGGCUGCUGCUGCUGCUACCCAAGGGAGACAUCCCAAAACUCCCCCUGCAAUUCCCCCCAAGGCCGCCCCGCACAACAGGAAGUCCCCCCCGGGGCCACAAAAGUCGACGAGACCAUCGACGUCGCCCCCGGGACCCCACAAAAGAAACAAGCGAGCGGUCCCAUCGAGAGGAAGCUCAACCCCCCCUGCGAGUGCCCCAGCCCCAAAGGCUGCCACCCCCUCACCCCCACCGGCUCGACCAGCGAGAAGCUGGCCAACUCCCCCGCCCGUCACGCCGGUAACGACUUUUGUCGAGGUGGUAAAGGGUCGAUCCCCCUUGCCACCGGCCCCCCCAUUCGUCCCCCUGACUGGUGCAGUGCUUACGGCGGAUGUGACCACCACACCGUCGUACAGCCGGCCAAUACCAUCACCCACCAUCUCCCCGCCGGCCACCGGUAUCGUUCCGGUGAUGCUGCUGUCCCCCGACAGGCCCAUCACUAUAACAGCUUCGCCUGCCCUAACGAGAGGGACGUUAAUGGGCAAUGGCACUCCGCGUUCCCCCACUUCUUCUUCUUAUUCUUCGAUCUGUCCCCUCCCUACCAUCAAGGAGGACAUACGCACGAUCGAACCAAAUUUAACUUUGCCCCCAGUAUUGGGGAGUCCCCGGCCCGCUGGGUCGAAUGAACCCAUAGGAAAUGUGACACCUCCACCCUCGGAGACAAUCGUCCGAGAGGUCACCAACGUCGGGGACGAGGACACGUGGACCCCCGUGCGGGCCCGCCGAAGAAGGAGUAAAAGAGCUUCGCCCCCAAGUCCCCCCACCCGCAAGCAGCAGCAGCUGACACAACAACAACAACCACAACAACAACUGCAGCAACAACCCCGCUGCCAACCUGAGAGCCGGCAGUCGCCCCAACCCUCCACCCCCCCUGCAGCUGCAGAUUCAGCGCGUCCCGACGCAGGGAGGGGUCGAACACAUACGCGGCCACGUGGAGCGUGCGUCGAUAAUACAAUCAGGGCCGCAGGUCACACUACUCGUCCGGGCGUCAUACCAGUUUCGCGGCGCCCCGGUGCCGUCCGGGGUUGCGUCUGUAGGUGUACCUGCGGCCGCCGGGAUGUCACCGUCGCUACGCGAAGAGGGGAGCGAGUUCACCGCCGGAACCCCCCCUCGAGCGACGGUUCCGCGCCGCGAUUAACGGGUCCCGCGCCGGCGACCCCGCUGGGGGGCCGUAGGAGCGGCGAGAAUAGUGCGCCUUCCCUCGAGUGCGAGAUCACCGGGGUGCGCAACCCUCCGCCACCUGCAUCGAACGGCCGACGCCGACGACACGGGGCGGUUAACGGGGAAUCGCUGUCUGCCAAGGCGGCAGCAGCGCGUACCCGCGCCGCCCUCGUGGAAGAAGCGAACGCCGUUCAGACGAGCGAACAGUUGGAGGCUGUGGCCACUAAUCUGGCCCGGCUCUUCCCCGCGAGGAGGGUCACGCGCACAAACGCGAACGUGAAUAUUGCCAGAAGCGCGUCGGCCGACCGUCCACGCAGGGCGAACGCGGCGACUCAACCUGUCAUCAACCCCACUGAUGAGUCUAGGCAGCGACUCUGA